AUGCUGUUAAUCUUUACCGCCAGUUUAUCGGAAAAUAUUUACUUUCCCAAACUAACCUUCCUUUUAAAACUUCUGUUUUAAACUGUUGUUCAUCGUAUUUCUAGCAGGAGUGUGAUUUCCACAAUAUUUAAUAGCGUGCAAACAAGGAAAAAGAGAAGGAAGAAGCAAAUAGAUAAAUAACGUGCUGGAUUUCAGUUUUCUUAAAUACCUUGCCUUUAGCUGCGUUUCAUUACCAAGCGACAUAUUAACGAUUUCUCUUUGUCUCCCAACGUCGCAGAAACAGAGAAGAAAUGAAUUCCCUUUGGAUAACCACUUGGCUGCUCGCGGGUGUAUUUGUUUCAGCGCUGGCCACGGAGGACAGAAAGCUGGAGAAGAGGCAAGCUGACGAAUGUGACCCUUCGAAGACAGGUCAGCAAAUAAAAUGCAAGCUUUUCCCUGGAUCCCCCACUCUUUGAUAGACCAUACAAUUACUCCCUCCCAUCUACCUGACGGGUCCAUAACUUUAUAUAGAUAGACUCUUCAACAGCCUGUGAGAAGUUCUAAUGAAGUGAAGGGCAGAAUAAUUAAGUCACUGGAACCCCACUUUUAGGCUCAGUUUAAUCUAUAUUAUCUGUUCGUUAGAUAUUGAUAGUCGCACGUUGCGUAAUGGUAAGCCAGAAGUUCUUGUUGAAAAAUCAAUUACCCAAUAUUGGUAUCCUUGGGCUCUAACGUAACUUAAGAGAUUAAGGUAUGGGAGAGAGGAAGGGGGUAGGAUUGAAACCAUCAAAUGAUGUUUUUCCUAUCGAUAAUGACGACCAGCUUUUUGCGACCCCGUUCCUCUUCGUUAUCGACUUGUUCAAUUUUAGACUCGCACUUUAUUGUUAUCGAUCGAUUCCAUACGAGAAAGAUUGUGAUGUAAUUUCAGAAUCAUUGUUACAAACGAUGUGCACCUCGCCGUGCAUUUCAUGCUAAACAUAACAUCAGUAAUUGAAUUGAAGUUAUAAUUUCCAAGAAGCUCUUGAUUUUGAUGGCAAAAGGUCGUUCCUCGCUCUCGACGCGGCAGUUGUCUAAUGGUUCUCUUUUUAUCCUCUCCGCCGGGUGAUAGCUCCAGCAUAGUCAGCAUAAAUUGCACAGAGAUGCUUUAAUUCACUGCAACUAAACGCAAUUGUAUUUACCUUUUAGACAAAGUCAUGGUGUUACCAGGCCCAAUCACGGAUUAUGCAAUGAAAGAAAACGCUAUCGUGUACAAUCUGGAUGCUAUUACAGUCUGCAUGAUUGCAAACUGGAAUACUCACCAUGUGGAAACUCACGAAAAUCAACAUGUGUUCAGUUACGCUGUCCCAGGAUCAGACAAUGAAUUGACUCUCCUCACAAGUCCCACCUCCCGAGUGCUCCUCCAUGGCGUCGGCAGGUUUAGUCAGCUCUGUGCUAAUUUACCUUAUAGGAGUAGAACGGCAUCGCAAUAGUCAAAUAUAAUGUAACUCCUUCUCUUCGCUUCUGGAAAAAUCCUUGGAAUAUCUCUCUCAAACUUUUCAUUGUAUGUAAGCAAGGAUGAAACUGCUCUAUCUUUUAUCAGGAUUAACAUUUUGAGGAGGCGGAGGGAAGAGGCAAUUCCAUGUUUCAAAAAAGCAUUUCCACCAACUUUUAUUGAAUGUAUCAUAGUUCACGUUUUUUUUUUCUUAUUUCUAAUUUCUUUUCUUUUGCUUCUUUUCGAAAGGGAUGGUAACCGAGGCCUCCCUAGUGAUGGAAAUUUUCACCACUUCUGUUUUACAUGGAGCAACACAAACGGAGAUUAUCAAUUCUGGAUAGAUGGGGAGGUUGUCGGGAAAGGCUCUGGCCUAGAAAAGGGAGGCAUGAUUAAAAAGGGAGGUACUGUGGUCGUUGGACAAGACCAAGACAAAGUUGGAGGAGACUUCGACCCAGAACAGUCCUGGAUCGGUGAAGUGUCUGGAAUGAAUGUAUGGGGAGUGGUUCUGUCAGAAAGUGACAUCGUAGCUGAGUACCACGAUUGUCACGUGUUUUCAGGAUCCGUGGUUAGGUGGUCUCAGUUGUAUGCCUGUGAAAGUCUUCAUGGCGAUGUUUCAGUUUAUCCUUAA